AUGGUCCUUGAUGUUUUGGGUAGAAUAGCUCUAGAAAGAAGAAGAUUUCUGAAAAAUGCAAAGAUAGCAGUUCAGAGACAGGCCAUGUGGUCCAAUUUGGCUCAUGAAAUGAUGGCUGAGUUUCGCAGUCUAUCUGCUGAAGAGUUUCUACCAAGUAAAUGCCAACAAUCUGGAAAAAAGAUGGAGAGAAUGGAAUCUCAUUUUGCAGCAUGGGAAAAGCAACAGAAGGAAAUUGAACAGACAAAAUAUUUAAUGAAGCUUGAAAGCAUGUAUGAAAAAGCCGUUGAGAUGGAGUGUGGUUGUGGUUGUGGGAGUUGUUUGGGGCAAAGCCAAGGGGUUCCUAGGACGGACUCGGACACCUAG